CAGUAAAACUUACCAAAGUACCAUUAAAAUGUUACCUUUAUUGCUGUUCAUCAGGCUACUGGGCUACACCCAAGCAACAGCCUUGACGUGGGGAAAUCCUGGUCUAAUACCACUUUUUACCGACGGGCGUAUAGUGGGCGGAGAGGAAACAACAAUCGAGUCAUUUCCCCAUCAGGUGUCCUUGAGGUACUUUUCGUGGCAUCGCUGUGGUGGAUGUGUGGAUGGCAUCCCCCUCAUCAACAUGGCAUUCGUGGCUGGAUCCUCCGACGUGACCAGUGGCGGUGAAACCAGAAAACUAUCUAAAUCAAUUGUUCAUGAGAACUACAAUGACUGGACCCUGGACUCAGAUAUCGCCGUGGUUAUUUUGCAAAGUGGGUUUGACUUUUCCAGCAAAAUUCAACCAAUCGCAUUAGCCAGUGCCAAUGAGGAUCUCCGCGCAGGAACAAGAGUAUUGGUCAGUGGAUGGGGUACUAUAAGCGAAAACGGUGCUGAACCAGAUAUUUUACGGUAUGUGGCAAUAAACAUCAUAGCAUCCGAGGAUUGUGGAAAAGCUUAUGAAGACACCCGUGCCAUAUCGGAAAAUAUGCUUUGCGCUGGUGUUGAUGGAGGCGGUAAAGAUGCAUGUCAAGGAGAUUCUGGAGGUCCUUUGAUCGAAGGACAGAAACUGUAUGGAAUUGUUUCUUGGGGAAAGGGAUGCGCAAGAAGCGAAUAUCCCGGUGUUUUCACUAGGGUGGCGUCUUUCCGAGGGUGGAUUGAUGAAAAAAUUGUUAGUUUUGGUUAACAGCAACAUAGACGCAGGACACAGACUAAUUUUUUACGCUUUACGAAUUAAUUGAUUCCAGUAUAAAAAACAUAUAUUUCUAGUU